GAGGAGGGACAAAAUUUACUGCUCCUCAAAUUUUGCCACUGUAGGCAAAUGCCUACUCUGCCUUACCAUUAAUCCACCACUACUUAUAGGGAUUUGAGUGCUUUCGAUCACUCCAAGAUGUUUCUUUGAAUCCCUCAUAGGUAAAUUGUGCCGUCGAGUUGGUGUCAACUCCUGGUGACCACAGAGCCCUGUGGUUGUCUUUGGUAGAAUAUAGGAGGGGUUCACCAUUGCCAUCUCCCUCACAGUAUGAGAUGAUGCCUUUCAGCAUCUUUCUGUAUUGCUGCUGCCCGAUAUAGAUGUUUCCCAUAGUCUGGAAAACAUACCAAUGGGGAUUCAAACCAGCAACCUCUGACUUGCUAGUCAAGUCAUUUCCCCGUGGAGCCAUUAGGUGGCCUUGAAUCCCUCAUACUCUGAGUCCAAUAGAAAACAUUUGACAAAUGCAGGGUAAAGGGAGGCGUCUCUCUGCAAAAGUAUCUCACUUUUUCUGUUCCCUUUUUUUUUUUUUUAAGAGAGCCAGGUGCUGCCUGGGAGACCUUAUGGAAACCCUCCCAAUUGUACCUGGAGGUUAGCCUUCUGGUGAGGGCCAUCUCCAGCUAGGAGGAGAUACUCCACAAGAUCUGCAAGCAUCUGCACCUCUGCUGACUGGAACUGCAGGCACACAACCAACUACAAACCAGCGCUCUGAACCAGCCAACUAGAUUUGAACAUCAUCAUGCCACCGAAGAAGGCAAGUGGAGCUGCAGGACGGAAGAGGCGGAGGCUGGAGGCAGAGGAAGCCCAGAGGUCGAGCAGGAUCCUUGAGUCAUUCUUUGCAAGGCCCGGGACAAGUAGCUCCACACCAUCUCCCACAGAGUCGCCAGCACAAGUGGAGGAGGAAGUCCAGCCAGAUGAAGGUGGAUCAAGUGCACAUCCGCCACAAGUGGAGGAGGGAGUCCAGCCAGAUGAGGAGGCCGAGGCUGCCACAGAGAGUGUGGACGUGACAGGAGGGGAAGCCGGUGGUGAUGGGUCUACUGAUGAGAGUGAGACUGAACCCAAGGAGGAGGAGGACACUAUGUGCAGUGAACUGGAUGCUGACCAAGAGCCUCUAACUGUUAGGCCGGAAGUGAUUGAGCGGCAUGACAUCGGACUUCUGCAGUUUGACAAGGCAGCUGGAAGACCGGUUAUCCCUGACAUGCUUAGAGAAGAAAUGAUAAGGCUGGGUGCUAAGUAUUUCCAGAACUCUGAGGGGCCUUUCCUACCAACUAAAAACCGUGCGAUGAACAAGACUUGGUUCAGGAAGAGAUUGGGAGGUGGCUGUGGUGCGGAGGUGGAUCGCCCAUGGAUGCUCUAUUCCCCUUCUAAGAGGUCGGCAUUUUGCUUCUGCUGUCUUCUCUUUUCCCGAUCAGAGCAUCAGUCCACAUUGGAGCAGGAAAGUGGAUUCAAAAACUGGAAAAAACCUGAAAGGAUUCCUGUUCAUGAGAAUGCCAAGAAUCAUCUGGAGUGCUUCGCACAGUGGAUAGAAAUGGAGAGAAAUAUAGCUGGAAACAGAGGACUCAUUGAUGCGGAACUUUGGUCACAGAUUGAGAAGGAGAAGCAGAGGUGGCGCGAAAUCUUGACAAGAAUCCUUAACUGCAUCAAAUACUUUGCAACUCAGAAUCUGCCUUUGCGAGGACAUAGGGAGUCACUUCAGCUAUAUGACACCAAUGUAGGAAAUUUCCUUGGCUUAGUAAAACUAAUGGCUACUUGUGACCCAGUCAUGAAAGAACUCCUGACCCAUGUGGAAAGUCAUCCUGGAUCCACCUCUUAUCUCUCACCGGCAGUCCAGAAUGAAUUCAUCCAUCUGAUGGCAUCCACUGUUCGCAAGAGUAUACUGGGAGGCAUUCGCAAAGCAAAAUACUAUGGCCUCAUGUUCGACUUGACUCCUGACCUGGCACACCGUGAGCAGAUGUCACAAGUAGUUCGAUAUGUAGAAAUUGAUUAUGAGAGUCAUACAGUCUGUGUGAGAGAGUCCUUCCUUGGUUUUAUCGAGCUAAGCCGGAAGGAUGCUGAGAGCUUGACUAAAGACAUUUUGGAAAAGUUGGAGAAGGACGGAAUGGAGCUGCAAGAUUGUCGGUCACAGUGCUAUGACAAUGCUGCUGUGAUGGCUGGACACAGAAGUGGUGUUGCUCAACGGAUACGUGAGCAAAACAAGCUGGCAGUGUUUGUGAAUUGCGACAAUCAUUCACUCAACUUGGUGGGUGUACAUGCAGCCAAAGAGGAUGUGGAGAUGGAGUCAUUUUUCGGAACCAUUGAUUCCCUCUACGCUUUUUUUUCUCGCUCAACACAGCGCUGGCAAAGACUCAGAGACGCCGUGCCUGUGUCUCUUAAGUCGGAGUCUGAAACCAGGUCAAGUUCAAGGACGGAAGCAGUGAAGCCAGUCAACAACCACCUGGAGAGGAUACUUGAAGUUCUUCUGGACAUGAGAGACGAUGCAGAUGAGACCGUUGAAAGCAGAAGGGAUGCAAAGCACCUGCGCAUCCACUUGUUGAGUUAUGAAUUUCUGACUCUACUGGGUUUUUGGAAUAAGAUCCUCGCUCGAAUUGACAGUGUUCAAAAGAGGCUGCAGGAUCCUAAAAUGAACUUCCACAAUGCUGCUGUGCAUUUGAAAGCCCUCCAGAAUUGUUUUCAUGGUGAGAGAGAAGUGCUGGUCAGUGAGGCACUCGACGUAGGACAUCGUCUCUGUGAAGAAUGGGAUGUCGACUUUGAAAGACGUCCGAGACGGAAAAAACGAAUGCCUGGUGAGAAAUCAAGAGACGCUGGGCUAACAGCUAGGGAGGAGAUGGAAAGAGUCAUGAAGGGAGCACUCGACCGUCUUAACACAGAACUGGGCAAGAGGUUCACUCGCCUGCAUGACACUGAUGCCAAGUUUGGAUUCCUUCUUGAUAUCGAGGGACUGUGCUACGGUGCUGACACAGAGAACCUAAAGAACAACUGUGAAAAUUUCUGCACAAUGUACAGCACUGAUGUUGAUGUGGCGCUAUAUGACGAGAUUUUGGUCUGCAGAAUGUUGCUAGCAGCACGGACUGACAUGAGAGUAACAAGACCGGAACAGCUUCUCGAAUUUAUAGUUCAGUAUGGAUAUGACGCCACCUUCCCCAACUUGCGCAUUGCUGUACAGAUCAUGCUGACCAUUGCAAUUUCCAUUGCCAGCUGUGAAAGAUCAUUCAGCAAGUUAAAGCUGAUACUUUCCUGUCUCAGAACUUCCAUGGGUCAAGACAGACUCUGUGAUCUUGCUCUGCUGAGCAUAGAGAGAGAGGAAACAGAAAAAACUAACUUUGAUGGCAUCAUAGACGAAUUCGCAUCUAUGAAAGCAAGGAGGGCCAAGUUAUGAUUUUUGGACAUUUGUUGGAUUUUUGGACAUUUGUUGGAUUUUUGGACAUUUGUUGGAUUUUUGGACAUUUGUUGGAUUUUUGGACAUUUGUUGGAUUUUUGGUUAUUUAUUGCAUUUUUGGUUAUUUAUUGCAUUUUUGGUUAUUUAUUGCAUUUUUGGUUAUUUAUCGCAUUUUGAGAUUUUUGGUAAUUUUUGAAAAUUUUAAAAUUUUUAAAAUAAAAGUUUUCUUAAA